GGAAGAGAAGCAGCAUGAACCCACCAAAGCCUCGAUAUGAAAGUCUGUCAAGCUUUACUCUGUUUCAUCUUCCUCAACCUGCAGAAUGGAAACACUGGACUUGCCAACGCUGAAACUCUCGUCUAUGAAGGAGUGGAAGGAGGAAACAUCACAGUCGAAUGCAAAUUUUAUAUCCUUGGAAGAAAGACAUUGUUCUGCAAAGAUGAAUGUGAAAAAGGAAACGUUCUCAUUGAAACACCUGAUUACACAGCCCAGAGUGGCAGAUACAGAAUCAAAUAUGAAAAAAAUUAUUUCUCAAAGGAUAUCGUGCACGUGAGCAUCACACAGCUGAAAAAGUCUGACUCAGGAUGGUACAGAUGCACGCUGGACACAACUUUACAACCAUGUGAUUUCAAGAUCUUUGUCAAAGAAGUCUCCAUGACAACAACAAGAACAACAACAAUACCUGACUCAGGUUUCUCCUUGCAUUUGGUUGUAAGUAUAACUGUGGUGGUGGUUCUGCUGCCUGUUGCUCUGCUGCUUAUCUACAGAAAAUGGGCUGGUGGCUCUUUCGGUCUGAACAGCAGGAGACACUCAGAACAAGGCCAGACUGAGAUUAGUCUCAGUGAACGCUAUCAUCCAGUCUCCUCAUGUGAAGACUCGAUCUACCAAAGCCUCAAUAUGGCGAGCAGAGAUCACGACCAAAUCUACUCUACACUCAGACACAAUAACCAGUUUUCAGACAUGAGCUCCUGUCAGACUGAAUGACUACAUGAAACAUGGCAAUAGUACUUCUAUUGUUUACGUUACCAGGCUCAGUGACGUGGAUUUUGUCGUCAGACUUUGAGCUCAAGGUUUUGUGCAGACGUCCACGUGCCUGCCAACUUUUAAUGAUGGCAGAUAUGAGUCAUUUGCAGAGGACAGGAAACUCCUCUACAGUGCACCAACUAUGAGUUCAAGGAAAUGUAACGGAGUAGUGUCAGAGACUAUUGUAAAAUUAUAAUAUUAUUUUAUGCCAUGUCAUACCCCUAGUUAAAGAUUGUGAAUUAUU